GCGCAUGCGCCCCGAGAGGGGGGUCUUCACAGGCUCACCCGACAGCCUUUGAAGAACUGUAGUUUCUCUUCUGAUUCGCUCCCUUUAGAAUUUUUUUUUUUUACAGAAAAGAUUCGAGUCCUGGCUCCCGAAAGUAAAUCCAUCGGACGUCUUCCUAAAUAAUUAUAAAGCGAUUUCUUUCAGGCUUGGCGAGGACAGCCACAAGUAGGGUCCUCAAUUGAGCUGGCGGCCGCAGGGGUUUGUGGGUUUUCGCUUCCUUCCUUCUUUCUCUCUGUUCUCUCGGCCCUGACGGCGACAGCAUGGGUAAGUGCCGAGGUCUUCGUACUGCCAGAAAGCUUCGAAGCCAUAGAAGAGACCAAAAGUGGCAUGACAAACAGUACAAGAAAGCCCAUUUGGGCACUGCCCUGAAGGCCAACCCUUUUGGAGGAGCAUCUCAUGCAAAAGGGAUUGUCUUGGAAAAAGUUGGUGUGGAGGCUAAGCAGCCCAAUUCUGCCAUUCGGAAGUGUGUGAGAGUCCAGCUAAUUAAGAACGGCAAAAAAAUCACUGCCUUUGUUCCCAAUGAUGGCUGCUUGAACUUUAUUGAGGAAAACGAUGAAGUUUUGGUUGCUGGAUUUGGUCGGAAAGGUCACGCUGUUGGUGAUAUUCCUGGAGUCCGCUUCAAAGUUGUAAAAGUUGCAAAUGUUUCUCUUCUGGCCUUGUACAAAGGCAAGAAGGAAAGACCAAGAUCAUAAAAAUUGUGUGAUGCCUUUAUCAUAGUAAAAAAUUUUCAUGUAA